AUGGCUAGCAGUAGCGGCGCGAAACGAUCGAGACACGAACUAUCCGCAUCAGAGGAAGAAGCCUUGGUAACAGGAGAAGUUGCACAGCCAGAUCAGAGCGAGCAGCUUCCACCUUACUCUAGUGGAAACGCAUCCAUACAGGAUCCAGACGAAGGUGCACCAGGGCCAUCAGGCCACAACCCGAGGUUGACGGACGCAAACAUCGUUGGAGGUAUUAUGAGCCCUACCUUCAACAACGCAGCACAUCCGCAAUUUGGUGCGCCUCCAAGUCAGAGACCAACGCUUCUACCACCUGGACUUACUCCGAGUCCAGUACAGCCAGUACCACCAGGAUUGCCACCACAACUCCCUUCAAAUGAAAUUGGUGGUACAAGCGGAGCAAACCAGAACACGGACCCACGAAGAUCCCACGGACAAGAUCUUCCGUCGAGAUUUGAUCACGCUAUCGCACAAGAACUAAUACGCUCAAGAGGACAACUAGCACAAGGAGUAGUCCAUCUUGGGUCUCAGAAUGAGCAACUCAAUGCCGAACAACUCAGACAAGCUAGUCUUCUUCAUUCGGUUGACUCCGUUCUACAACAAGGUGAAGAAAACUUUCAACGUUUUACUUCCGCGGCAAAUCAUAACUUCCAGCACAACAUCAAUCAGGUCAACGGAAGAAUUGAGAUGAACGGACAGACGCUUGCUGGAUUACAAAAACAAGUAGUGGAAAUGCAGUCGAACCAACAGCGUCAAGAAGAACUAGCAACACGUUUCAGCCAGAAUGCUCAGGAAGUGCAGAUACUGCGUGGACAGAUCGAUAAUCUCACUCAGCUGAUUGGGAAUCUGCAGAUCGGAGCAGUUGGAGGAAAGGGUCCACAAAAUGACAACGGUGCCCAGUUUCGAGCUUUCGCUGUAGACAACAAUGGAAGACCACAACCGAUUCCUGCAGUACACUUCAACAUCGGAACUGGGAACCACAGUGGACAAGGUACUCCUACGGUUGACGGUUAUCACAACACGAGAGCACCUCCUCCAACGCCAGGCUCUAGAUGGUUCUACGACUAUGGUUUUGGUGGAAAUGGAAAGGGAAAUGGAGGACCACCUCAACCACCGGUAUGUGUCGUCUGUAGUGUUGCGGGACAUGUUGCAGCAAACUGUCCAACACUACGCCAAGAUCAGCACGGAGGUAACCAUGUAGUCAGAUGUUUUCACUGUGGAGCCAUUGGACAUACUGCAGCGCAUUGUCCUCUUCGUCCACAGCAGACAUGCAAUCAUGGUUCGGGCACACAGGGUGGACAGAACAGCCACUUCUUUGAAGGAAUUCCACAACCUGGCUUUUACCGUGCAAACAUCCUAGGUGACCAUCUUCCGAUUCGUAACACUGUACGACAAAACGACGAUGGCGCCGUGAGGAAGAAACUAUGGGACUUCCAGCACAUCGAUUUCGAGUCGAAGUACAUGGAGGACACCCAAGGGCUACGAGCACCUGCUAAUCUAGUGAGGAAGAUGAAAGACAAGCUUCCAGAAAGAAAUCCUCCACGCCGAGAGCACUACAAAUCAGUAGUAGAGUUUUUGUCUGCUCUAGAGAAUUAUCUUCUUGAAUGUCUAGCAACACCAAGUGGAACUGCAACGGACGCAUACCUAUUUCCAUGGGAAGCCGAACAAUCGAUCAUCGAGCAGAUUCUCUUCGACCACGACAAGGAUUCGACCAAUAAGUGGCGAAAUGUCCUCACCGACCCAGUCAAGAAGAAGCUACGAGUCAUCGGUUUUGACCUAGUCGAGCGGGGAACUCUGACGUUCAAGAAUCUGCGACAUCGUCUCUUCGAAUGCUUCGGAGAUGAUUUUAUCAUCAACCGCACCGAAAGAGAAGCAUAUCUCAACUUCCGCAGGCUUCCUGGUGAGAGCGAGGCGGAGGUGAUCAGAAGAUUCUGCGAAGUCGCACUCAAAGCUGGACCAGACUACAAUCCGUUCCCUGCUCACAAAGGAGCCAGAGACCGAGUGUGGCAGGACUUCAAGCGAUGCGUACAUCCUCCUCUGUCUGAACAACUAAUCCGAGCAGUACUGACUGAUCCACUCUAUCGACAUGUCAAUCAGGGGAUCGUUCAUUUUGGGCAUCUGUUGGAGUACUUGUCGAUUACAGAGCAGGCAGAGCAGACGGCCAAAUCGUCCAGGGGGAACAUGACCAGCGCAGGAGCUGUGAGUGAACAAGUUGCUUUUGUAGGACAAGCUGAGGCCGAGGGAGGAGCUUCAAGCUCUCAUGGAGAAGAGGCGUUCGCGGCACGAGCAAACCCAAAGUCUAGUACAGCUUACGACCCAUCGCGACCAGGUGGCCGAUGGGACCAGAGACAAGGACAAAACAACAACUCCACUUCUCGUCCGCGCGGGAACAUCGUUAAAAGGACGAGGAUGUCUUGUUGGACGUGCGGCGGAGACCAUAAGAAGCAGGACUGUGUCUUUCCAGAGAAGGUCUGCAGGAAGUGUUUUAGUGACAAGCACUUCGAGAGCGAGUGCGACGUGGCUCCCAAAGACCAAGCAGCUCAACGAAUGAAGAAUCUCGAAUUCGCCAAACUUCAGGUGAAAGACAAAGUUGGAGUCAUCUUAGACCUACUUCCCGAGGCCGAAAAAGGACAAGUAAUCCUUACGGUAGUAGGAAAUGACGAGAAGGAGCGGGUUUUCGUCCUAGAUGAUGGAAGUCGAGAUCACAUUUGUUUCGAGCGAGUCUACUGUGUUGAGGCUGAGCCAACCUCUGAGCCGAGCAGUGCUACAGAACCUGAACAAGUCGCGAAAGUACUCGAAGACACAUCUUCCUCAUCUGCUUCUUCGAGCUCUAAGGCGGACAAAGACUCCAUCGACAAGAACGGAGUUUCUGUUGACAGACGUGGAAAUUGGUGUCCGGCACAGAAUUGCAUCAGUUGGGCGAACAUCAAGUGCGGGAAGUGCAACACCUGCUGGUGCCCGAGACAUGUCGGUGACCAUACCUGUGAAGUAGUCCGCGUGAACGCGGAGCAGAGUCAGUCCUUCCUUCAGGAAGCACUAUGA